GCUAUGCCACUGACGGGUUGACGGUGUAAAACGGAAAUGGCUAAAACUAUGUGUAUACAGUUGAAUAGAUAAUAGAAGUAUGAAGAUGCGUGUCUUGUAGUAGUAUAAUGUCAACGAGUUGAUAUCAAAGAGGGAAUCACUUAGGUUUAGGAAAUGCCUUUGUUUAUUGAAAACAGAGGAGUAGGUCGCAUUAGCUCAACAGCGGAACUGUUCGACAGAUUUCCACAUUUACAGGAAAGUGCAAGAACCUUCCGGUCCAAGCCCCUUGUUGAUGUUGACCCAAAGUGCCUCUUGUAUGUCCAACAAAGAGAGUUUGCUGCAACAACCCCAUCAGACAGCAGUGUUUCAGUGAUCGGAUCUGACGAUGCCACCACUUGCCAUUUAGUUGUGCUGCGACACACUGGAAGUGGAGCUGUUUGCCUUGCUCACUGUGAUGGUUCCAGUACCUGGUCUGAAGUCCCCCUCCUUGUAAAAGCUGUCUCUUCACUUAGUAAUGCCUGUAAGGAGGGAAGAUUUGAGCUCCACCUUGUAGGGGGAUUUAAUGAUGAGACAAAAACAUCCCACAAACUCAGCCAUAGCAUUCUAGCAGCAUUCCAGAAACAGAAAGAAGAUAUCCAUCUGGAAACAUGCUGUGUCACAGAACUGAAUGACAUAAUCGUUGAUGGGACACACAGGCCUAUUGUCUAUGGACUAGGUGUAAAUGUCAAAACAGGGGAUGUGUUCCCUUCAUCAUUCUCUCAUAAAGGACCAGCAGAACAAUUGCGUUCAGCAAGGACCUUCACUGGGGGAAAGAUGGCUGAUGUAUAUGACUCAAAACGGGGACUUGUCACGAUUGGCCCUUGCAAAUGGUCUCCAAAUCUGGAUAUUGCCUUCUGGUUGUCACAAAAUGACGACACUAUUUUAAAGUACCUAUCCACCUCUCCGAUGGCUGAGCCACCACACUUCGUCCAGCACAUGAAGUCCACCAUCCAGUUUCUCUUAGAACACCCCAGCUCUGAUAACCUUUUCCCUGGUGGUCAGCCACAGUUUUACCACAGGACUAACUUGGGGGACUGGGAGAGGGCUGACCCAUCAUAGAGCAGAUAUCUUCACGUUCACUCAACCUUAACAUGGAACUUGCCUAUUUUGCCUCUCAGCUCAUAGGAUACACUGUGACCCAUCCACUCAGUGUCUGCUUUUUGUUCAUUGUGUCUUAAUAUGGAGGGAAAUGCACACUGGACCAUGAUUAUGUUGUGUGACUCUCCUGACUUUUUUUCUGACGAGAUAGGGAGAACUGAGGAAAUACAAGGGAUUCUGUUUUGUAACAGUUUUUAAACUCCUGUAAGUUCGUAGUCUGCAUUUUACAUCAUCUACAGUGCUGCAGUCAGUCUAGGUUAAUGACCUACUAUGCUUUGCUUGUCUGGCUACUGAAAGAAGUAAUUAACUUUGUCUUAUGCCCAACUCAAAGGUCAUACUAAUCAUUUUUUAUCUAAUGUAGCCAAAAACUACAUUAAACUUUAGUUUUCUACCAUUCAAGUUGCACGUAUCCAUUAUUUAGAUUAGUCAGCAAACUUGCAAAAAAACUAAUCUUAUUGAAUUGCCUUUAUAUGUUCAGUCAAUUGGCUAAUGCAACAUAUAAAACAUGUUAAAUCCUUUUAUAUUCAACCUGACUUAUUGUUAUGGGCUAAUGAAAAAUGGGGAACUCACACUAAGAAAAAUUAAAAAUUUAUAUUUCAUUUUAAGCACUAUGGGGCAAACAGUGUGUUGGGUCUGCUUUGUUGAGUAAUUAAAGUUAUUUUGCCUAAAAAUGCACCUUACUGAUGAGAUUGGAACAAUUUAUUUGUCACAUGAUGUAUAUCUCUAUUGUAUAUACUACUGUAAACCGGGCUAUUAUGUGUGUUCUACAAAACUGCAUUUGAAAAUUGUAUAAUGAGCUUCCGAAAGGGAGGUUAUGAAUUCCUACUGAUUUAUCAAACUAUAAUUAUACUUUUUUAUGUUAAGAAUGUAAAAAUUCAUGUAAAAGGCCUUUCAUUAGCUGUGCUGUUCUGAAGUUGGCAGCGUAUAUAUAGUUUUAAGGGCAACUUAUUGCAACUUGUGAACAAACUGUUAAUAAAUGUAAAUAACCACU